UUCCUCUGUAGAAACAGAGCGAAACAUCCAAGCAUCCUGCAUUUCAUUCUCGCUGUGAUCAAGGGAAGUUUGUCUAUUCAUCAGAUUUUGUGUUCCAAGUUUCAACAAUGGCGACCGUAAUGCAAAAAAUCAAAGAUAUCGAGGACGAGAUGGCGAGGACUCAAAAGAACAAAGCAACGGCCCAUCACCUGGGGUUGCUUAAGGCUAAACUUGCAAAGCUAAGACGGGACCUCCUUGCUCCUCCAUCAAAAGGAGGUGGUGGUGCAGGUGAAGGGUUUGAUGUUACCAAAAGUGGAGAUGCAAGAGUUGGUCUAGUGGGCUUCCCCUCAGUUGGGAAAUCAACCCUUCUGAAUAAAUUAACGGGCACUUUUUCAGAGGUUGCGUCCUAUGAAUUUACUACAUUAACCUGCAUUCCUGGUGUUAUAACGUAUAGAGGAGCUAAAAUUCAGUUAUUGGAUCUUCCUGGGAUUAUUGAGGGUGCAAAGGACGGGAAAGGUAGAGGAAGGCAGGUUAUCAGCACUGCUAGGACAUGCAAUUGUAUUUUAAUUGUUCUUGAUGCAAUAAAACCGAUAACUCACAAGCGUCUGAUAGAGAAAGAGCUUGAAGGAUUUGGCAUAAGGUUAAACAAGGAACCACCUAAUUUGACUUUUAGGAGGAAAGAUAAAGGUGGAAUUAAUUUCACAUCAACGGUGGCAAAUACACACCUUGAUGUUGAAACAGUGAAGGCCAUAUGUGGUGAAUACAAAAUUCAUAAUGCUGAUAUAACUCUUCGGUAUGAUGCAACUGCUGAUGAUCUCAUAGAUGUAAUUGAGGGUAGUAGAAUAUAUACGCCCUGCAUCUAUGUCGUGAACAAGGUGGAUCAGAUAACACUUGAAGAGCUGGAGAUUCUGGACAAACUUCCUCACUACUGCCCAAUCAGUGCACACCUGGAGUGGAACCUUGAUGGUCUGCUGGAGAAGAUAUGGGAAUACCUCGAUCUAACACGCAUAUACACAAAGCCCAAGGGAUUAAAUCCGGAUUAUGAAGACCCUGUAAUUCUGUCCUCCAAGAAGAGAACAGUUGAAGACUUCUGCAACCGCAUACAUAAAGAUAUGCUCAAACAAUUCAAGUAUGCAUUGGUUUGGGGAUCAAGCGCAAAACACAAACCACAGAGAGUGGGCAAGGAGCAUGAACUUGAGGAUGAAGAUGUGGUUCAGAUAAUUAAAAAGGUGUGAUUGAAGGAGAUGAAAAGUUGAAAGGAACCUUGACAAGUUUUUGUUCUGAUGGGGACUGGCAGUCUAUUAGAAAGUUAUAGAGAGCAAGAGAACUUUUUGGUAGUGAAGAAACCAGCAUCAUGGUGCAUUUCCUUCUCUGGUCUUUGUCCUCUGUAAAAUUCCCUUCACUGCUCAAUUAUGUUUGGGGCAGCCCCAAUAGCU